AUGAGCCCGCUACUCAAACCGUCGGUCCGCGACACUCAACACGAUGCCAUAGAUGGACACGACACCAUAGGCGACCACGCCAAACAAUCAAAAGAUGAUCGAACUAGGAAGGAAAAUAUAUACAGGCUUAAGAAGAUGCUUGUCUUGGCCAAGGAAGAAAAGAGAGCUCUAGAGCAUAGUUUGGAAGAGGCAAAGAUAACGAUCGAGUUGCUUCAAGUGGCAAAGGGCAAACAAGACGAGUCCAAGAAGAUACGCAAAUCACUGAAAAAAGAACGGCUUGGGGCAGAAUGGGCAGAACUCGACUUAAAAACUCAGAAGCUAAACGAGGACAGAAACCUCUUCCUCAAGGAAAAGAAGGCCUUUGAAGAGGCGUCUAAGGUCAGCAACCAGGAAGCAUCACACAGUGAUGCAGCAUCACCCCAAAUCGGAGAGAUCGUCGAGGUUGCGGUCACGACGAAACAUAGCGACAAUGCGCGGCCGAUCAGCGAAGAAAUACGAAUGGCUGACAGGAACGAAACGGAAUGUGUGGAGCGCCGUGAGAGGAGCACCGCUCCUUCGUCGUCGCUCACAAGCCAUUCUGCCGCGGACACUGCCUUUCCCGACCGGACACAAGCAGCGCUUAUUAAGAAGGCACAUAUCAUCAUCGACAUGGUCUGCGGGGCAGACGGGCGGCAACCAGCUCUCCCUGUCGGUGUCACAAUGAGCGUUGUAGCAUCAUUGUACAUGGAAGGAACGAAAAAAGAGCGAAACAAAUGGCUUGAAGCGAAUGGACUGACGAGAGCCUACAUGCUCACAACAGCGCCAGCUGGUUACGUCGACUAG